AUGUAUCAUCCUAUUAUUGCUUUUCAUAUGGUUGAAAAACCACGAAUAUAUAAAACUAAAAAAAAAAAUCAAGUAGCAAUUAAUGAAGGCAAUUAUAAUAGCAGUUCUCAACAAAUAAAACAUGCUAUUUUAAUUAAAAUUAUUGAAAAAAUUACUCCCUUUCUUAUAGAUAAUCAAAUGGUACUAGAUAUUGGCAUUGAUGGUGAUUUAAAUAGUAAUAAAAUACUCGGAGAAGAAAAAAUUAUUUAUAAAAUCUUUGCAGAUUUAAAACAUAAAGCUAAACUUAAAUUAUUAGAGCAACCAAUAAUGAAAUAUUAUAUCAAAUAUAUUUACGCUGCUAUUGCUAGAUGCCGAAAUUCUACUGUUGAUAAUCCUACAGAUAAUAAUCUUUUCUUUAUACAAACAGAAGAAGAUUUGAUUCCUUAUAGCUAUUAUAUACAAGAAAGUAUUCAAAACCACACUUAUAUUCCAUCAUUUGCAAAUUUGUUUAAAAACUUUGGUAAUGCAUUUCUGUAUAAUGGGUAUUAUUGUUUUAAGCAUCGGUUUGCAACUGGACUUUGCCUUCUUUGUGGCUUUUAUUUGCAUCAUGAUUUGAAUAAUCUUAUACCAAAUUCUAAUUUUAAAAAUCACAUAUCAAAUCAUAUAACAAAUAAAUUACUUAUUGAUGCUAUAUUGGAUGAGAUAUUUAAACUACCAAGUUAUCAGGAAAUUCAAAGAGAAAGUAUUCAGUCAUUUAUCUCUGGUCAAGAUACCUUAGCCCUUUUAAGAACUGUGUAUGAUCUGGUCAAGCAAGGUAUACCAGCUACUGUACUUUUUGCUACUUCUGACCAGUCUCCUGAAAUUGUAAAAAAAAUUUUUGCAGAAAUUGUAUCAGGAAUUAUAGAUGAUUGGAGUAAAUUAGAUUCUUUAAAAUCUGAAUUUUUCUUGAUACUAUUAUUGUUACUAACUGCAACAUGUCAUCAACAAAGCACUAGAGAUCUUGCAACUAUUUUGUAUAGGUCUUUAUUAAAUAUUAUUCGUAGUUUCAUUGUUUAUCAACUAGAAAUUGAAAUGGAAGAAUGUGCUAUCAUAUACUGUGCCACACUUUCAGAUUGUAAUCAAAUAGAAAAUAUCUUAUUAGAGCAGUUUAUGGCCACAAAUGCAUUUGGAAUAGGCAUUAAUGUAGAUGAUGUAAGAUUAGUUUUACAUACCACAUUUCCUAUAUCAUUAGACAAUUUUGUCCAAGAAAUCGGGAGAGCAGGACAGGAUCAUAUGCAAGCAAAACAA